UCCAAAGUGGAAGAAGAGGGUUGAGAAAAUACUAGUCUAGGAUACGCUGCUCUAUCGUUUUAAACCUUUAGCUUUCAAACCUUUUUGAGGGGUGGCAAAGGAGCAGAGAUUGAAGCCAGAUAGAAGAGAAGCCAAGUGAGGGUUUCUUCCUCUUCUUAUUCUCUGCUAACCAUGGAGAACAUGGAAGCGAUCAUCCUCGUGAUCCUGGCUACCCACAGCUUGGUCCGGCUUCACUUGCACCGGGGGGGUGUCGCAGCCCGGGCCCGGAGGACCAUUCGUCGGGUGAUGGCCCAUCACAUCUCGCUCCUCCACCAGCUCCUGCCAGAUAUCUGCCCUGAGAGCGAGACCCGGCUGAUUGCUGAGGAGCUGGAUGCUGGGCCGCACCGCUUCUGGUCCCGCCAGAUCACCCAGGACUGGUGGGAGCGGGUGGUGCUGGAGACCUGGGACCCCGACCAGUGGCUGCAGAACUUCCGCAUGACCAAGGACACCUUCCUGGAGCUCUGUGAGGCACUUCGGCCAGAGCUGCACCGCCAGACCACCACCAUGAGGGCCCCGCUGAGCGUGGAGAAGCGGACAGGCAUCGCCCUCUGGAAGCUGGCCACCACCGAAUGCUACCGGGCAGUGGCUGACCGCUUUGGAGUCGGGCGCUCCACUGUCGGAGAGGUCUUCAUCGAAGUCUGCCUGGCGAUUGAGAAGCUCCUCUUCAAGAAGUUGGUGGUUCUCAAAGACCCUCAGGAGGUCAUGGCAGGAUUUGCGAAUAUGCGCUUCCCAAACUGCGUGGGGGUUGUGGACCGGACCCAGAUCCCCAUCCUCUGCACCGUGCGGAAGGGGACCAGCGUCAGCCAGAAGGGCUUCUUCCCGAUGUCGUUGCAAGCCCUUGUGGACCACAGGGGCCGUUUCGUCGAUAUCGAACUUAGCUGGUGUGGCAAAGAUGAAAACGCCUCCUUCUUCCGAAACCAGGUGCUGUGCGACGGCAUGGACCAGGGGUCUUUUGUGCCCGGGAAUCCCACCUUGACCAUUGGCAAUGUCGAGAUUCCCCCAUUGAUCUUGGCUGACGCCUCCUAUCCCUUGAAGCGAUGGCUUAUGACUCCCUUCACUGACAACCUCGACCCGUCCAAAAGGCGUUUCAACUCCCGACUGGAGGACUGCAAGAAGAUCGCCGAACUUGCCUUCGGGCGGCUGAAGGGCCGGUGGAAAUGCUUGGCCACACGCUUGGAGGUGUCGGAAGACAAUAUCAUCCCUGUCGUCGUGGGGUGUGUCGUCCUCCACAAUAUAUGCGAAAACCGUGGGCACGAUUUGGUGGAUGCGCUGUGUUCGGAAGACCAGAGUGUGUUUGACCAGGCCCCCGAGGGACUCCUCUCAUUCCCAACAUCGCUUGAAGAUCAGCAGAAUGGGAUGCUAGUGAGAGAUACUCUGGCAAACUACUUUAUGAAUAGUGCCUAACCAAUAUUUCAAGGACUUUGCUACAACAAAGGCACCAUUGUUUCAAAGGCCUUCUUUGGCCAUUCAGCUGAGGAUGGCGAAAUGCUUCCAGGUGAAGAUGUAUUAUCCAUUCUCAAACAAGAGAGGAUGUCUUAAACGAGCUAGAUGUCAAAAGAGAGUGGAGUAGAAAAGAGAGUCUUUUUAUGUUAUUUCCCUUCAAAUAGAUAUUAUAGACCCCCCACUUUUAUGAAGGUUGAUUAUUCACUCUCAAAAAAGAGAAAACAAGAGAGGAUCUCUUAAAGAAGCAAAACACCCAAAAUGAUGCAGCAGUGAUACACUAGGAGGAGAUACACUAGGCCUUUCACUUUUAUGGUGGUUAUGGGUGCAGGAUCCCUGCAAAAGUACAAAAAUGUGAUUUUUUUAAAAAAAAAAACGGGUUUUUUUUCUCCAGAGAGGAGACUUUUCUUUAAGAAUCUCUAGACAAGUGGUUCUUAAUCUGUCGGUGCCCAGUUUUUUUGUCCUACAACUCCCAGAAAUCCCAGCCAAUUUAUCAACUGUUAGGAUUUCUGGGAUUUGAAGGCCAAAACAUCUGGGGAUCCACAGGUUGAGAACCACUGCUCUAGAUUCUCCAGUGCUAUAGUCUGUGGAAUCAUGCUGGAGGACAUAUCAAGCAAUUCUGAGAAUAAUCUCAUCCACAGCAGUUAAAUCCGCAAAUGUGGAGGGGUAGCUGUAAUUUUUAAAACGUGUAAAUAGGACAAUAGUUAGCCCUGUGAAAAAUAUCAAGGGUACAAAACCACUGAAGGUAGUACAACAUAUCUGGACAUCCUAAGUUAUAAGGCCCGGUACAAUCAGGUGACCAUCAUAUAGGCAAUGUGUCACAUUUAUAAGAAUGUAUACAUCUAGAUAUGUACAGCUAGAUAUAUACAGCUAGAUAACUAUUAUAAAAUAGGAGAAGCAUCAACAGUGAUAAAUCUUGAAAUCAGGUUCAAUUAAAAUUUAAAAAUAGCCAAUAAUUAUCCAAAUCCAUUCAUAUAGGGUGGAAAGGGGAGAAGUAUAAUCCAAGAGCUGACAUCAGGAGCUGAUGUGACUACUCCCAUUUCCACAAGUCUUCAUCAAUGAUUUGAUGAGCAUCGGGAGUUGUUUUUGUUUUUCCCCCCAAAAUAUAGACCGCUCUCCAUAUUUGCUGGAGGUUCACAGGACCCUUAUGAAUGUGUAUAACAGCAAAUAAAGGAAUUGCUUUUUGGGUUGCUGUGAGUUUUUCAGGCUGUAUGGCCAUGUUCCAUUAACAUUCUCUCCUGACAUUUUGGCUGUAUUUGUGACUGAUGAAAUGUUAGGAGAGAAUGCUGCUGGAACAUGGCCAUACAGCCUGAAAAACUCACAGCAACCCAGUAAUUUUGGCCAUGAAAACAUUCAACAACACAUUGAAUUGCUUUUUUAAAAAUGUGAGAAAACACCUUUCUAGGAAUUUCUAUAUCUUACAGCACAGUGCUGUGGUCAACUUCUACAAGAAACUGAAUUGCACUGGAAAAUCUAAAUCUCUAGGUCUUCAUGAGUGACUGGGAAACGUUGACCACUUAGUCACUCUGGAGGAUCUAGAGAUUCAUAGAGAGAAUAUUUUCAGUCAAAUGCACAAAUGUGAAGGGGCAACUGUAAUGCUAAUGAUUAAAGAUAAUAGACUAUCCUAUUCAUAUUCAGAUGGACUUGGAUUUUUAUAUGAUUCCUGCUUCUGUAUCUUUAUCACUAUAGAACAGGCAUGGGCAAACUUCAGUCCUCCAGGUGUUUUGGACUUCAACUCCCACAAUUCCUGGCCUCGGGCCCUUUCCUUUCCCCCCUCAGCCGCUUAAGCGGCUGAGGGGGGAAAGGAAAGGGCCCGAGGCCAGGAAUUGUGAGAGUUGAAGUCCAAAACACCUGGAGGGCCGAAAUUUGCCCAUGCCUAAUAUAGAAACUGCUCUUGUUCUAUAAUUAUUAUCUAAGUGCAAAGCAUUACAAGCACCAUGCAUUGUUUUUGCAGAUUUCGUUUGUAUAUGGCCUGUGAUACUUAGCUAUAUCUCAUCUUCCAAUUCUUUCUACUGUUUAGCAUCCCUUGUGCUUUUCACAGUAUCCUUAUUCAAAAGGAUAUUAUUAAUACUUUUGGAUAAUCUCUUUGAAGUGUCUCUCAUCUCUUGUUCUCUGGUUGUAGUUUUCAACUUUGCAGAACCAAUUGUUUCUAGCUUCAAUAUUACUUGUACAGAACCAAGACUCCAUGUCUAUGUAUGAAACCAUGACUAUCACAGCCCGCCACUGUUGCGGUUUGUUUCAUUUUGAUGACUGUUAUAUCCGUUUGUUAUAAAGUGUUAUGGGAUGUUGGGGAGUUACUGUUUGUAAUUUUUUAUAAAUAAAAUGUAAUGAAAAACUUGA